CAAUGUCUACUUUGUAGACUUUUUUUUGAAAGACUACAUGAGAACAUGUAGGUAAAGUAUCCAACCCAGUCCCUGGCUUACAACAAAUGCUCAGAAAAUAUUAGUUUUGCUGCCGCCGCCGCUGCUGCUGCUCAUUCUCUUCCUUCUCCUCCUCCUCUCCCCCGCCCCCGCUCUGUUUUGAAAUCAUUUCUGUCAGCUACAUAACACUUUAAGGGAAGAGGCCCUUUAAAAGAAGUCUUCACUCCUCCCCUCCCCACCAGUUCUUUAAAUUGAUUGCUUAAUACAAAGAUUGGCCUGUUUCUCAAUACUGCCUUAGUUUUUUUUGUUGGGGGUAGACCUUUUUGUUGUUGAACUUCUUGUUCUAGGCCCCUAGGAAGUGAGCUUCCUUCUUCUUCUAGGCCCUAGGAAGUUCAUCUGCUUGCUUCUGUUCCUUAGAGAAUCCUCUCUCUCCAAUGCCUACUAUCCAGGGCAUUGGAUAUCCUUUCUUUCUACCCAGAUGACAAAUACACUUUCCCUUUUUGCUUUAGGGUUUUACAGCUAAGCAUAUGAGAAGGGUAGGAGGAAGAGGUAGAGAAGGGGUGGUGGUCAUGACAAAUAUACACAGUGGUAUGGCAAAGCUUAGGAAAUUCUGAUAGGUUUUUAAGGCCGUCAGUAGUCCUUGAUUCUUGCUGAGUUGGUAAUUGGAAGCCUUUUUGAACUAAUAUAUCUUGAUUUUUUUUCCUUUUCUCAUGAAACCCCUUUUGACCAUCAUGAUGGAAGGAUUUCCCCUGAGGAGAAUGUGACAUUUAAGCUGAAUUCUGAAAGUUUGCAUAAUUGGCCUUAAAUGAGGUGAGAGUGAAGAAACUAGAGCCGUCUCUGGAUACAUCGCUACCCCACUUCCCUGUAAGCUACCCUCCGGAGUGCUAGAUUUGACCAUAUCUGUUUUGAGGACUCAUUAUGAACAAAGAAGUCUCCCAGGUGUGAAGUUUUUCAACAUGAGUGGCCUCGGGGACAGUUCAUCCGACCCUGCUAACCCAGACUCACAUAAGAGGAAAGGAUCGCCAUGUGACACACUGGCAUCAAGCACUGAAAAGAGGCGCAGGGAACAAGAAAAUAAAUAUUUAGAAGAACUAGCUGAGUUACUGUCUGCCAACAUCAGUGACAUUGACAGUUUGAGUGUAAAGCCAGACAAAUGCAAGAUUUUGAAGAAGACAGUCGAUCAGAUACAGCUAAUGAAGAGAAUGGAACAAGAGAAAUCAACAACUGAUGAUGAAGUGCAGAAAUCAGACAUCUCAUCGAGCAGUCAAGGAGUGAUAGAAAAGGAAUCCUUGGGACCUCUUCUGUUGGAGGCUUUGGAUGGAUUUUUCUUUGUUGUGAACUGUGAAGGGAGAAUUGUAUUUGUGUCGGAGAAUGUGACCAGCUACUUGGGUUACAAUCAGGAGGAAUUAAUGAAUACCAGUGUCUACAGCAUACUGCAUGUAGGGGAUCAUGCAGAAUUUGUGAAGAAUCUGCUACCAAAAUCACUAGUAAAUGGAGUUCCUUGGCCUCAAGAGGCAACACGACGAAAUAGCCAUACCUUUAACUGCAGGAUGCUAAUUCACCCUCCAGAUGAGCCAGGCACCGAGAACCAAGAAGCUUGCCAGCGGUAUGAAGUAAUGCAGUGUUUUACUGUGUCACAGCCAAAAUCAAUUCAAGAGGAUGGAGAAGAUUUCCAGUCAUGUUUGAUUUGUAUUGCACGGCGAUUACCUCGGCCUCCAGCUAUUACCGGUGUAGAAUCCUUUAUGACCAAGCAAGAUACUACAGGCAAAAUCAUCUCUAUUGAUACCAGUUCCCUGAGAGCUGCUGGCAGAACUGGCUGGGAAGAUUUAGUGAGGAAGUGCAUUUAUGCUUUUUUCCAACCUCAGGGCAGAGAACCAUCUUAUGCCAGACAACUGUUUCAAGAAGUGAUGACCCGUGGCACUGCGUCCAGCCCAUCCUAUAGAUUCAUAUUGAAUGAUGGGACAAUGCUUAGCGCCCACACCAAGUGUAAGCUUUGCUACCCUCAAAGUCCAGACAUGCAACCUUUCAUCAUGGGAAUUCAUAUCAUCGACAGGGAACACAGUGGUCUUUCUCCUCAAGAUGACACUAAUUCUGGAAUGUCAAUUUCCCGAGUAAACCCGUCCGUCAAUUCUAGUAUCUCUCCGGCUCAUGGUGUGGCUCGUUCAUCCACAUUGCCACCAUCCAACAACAACAUGGUAUCCCCCAGAGUAAACCGCCAACAGAGCUCAGACCUCCAUAGCAGCAGUCAUAGUAACUCUAGCAACAGCCAAGGGAGUUUUGGAUGCUCACCUGGAAAUCAGAUUGUAGCCAGUGUUGCCUUAAACCAGGGACAGGCCAGUUCCCAGAGCACUAACCCCUCCUUAAACCUCAAUAAUUCUCCUAUGGAAGGUACAGGAAUAUCUCUCGCACAGUUCAUGUCUCCAAGGAGACAAGUUAGUUCUGGAUUGGCAACAAGGCCCAGGAUGCCAAACAAUUCGUUUCCUCCUAAUAUUCCAACAUUAAGCUCUCCCGUUGGCAUGACAGGUACUACCUGUAAUAAUAGUAACCGAUCUUAUUCAAACAUCCCAGUAACAUCUUUACAGAGUAUGAAUGAAGGACCCAAUAACUCCGUUGGCUUCUCUGCCAGUUCUCCAGUCCUCAGGCAGAUGAGCUCGCAGAAUUCACCUAGCAGAUUAAAUAUACAGCCCACAAAAGCUGAGUCCAAAGAUAACAAAGAGAUUGCAUCCAUUUUAAAUGAAAUGAUUCAGUCCGACAACAGCUCUAGUGAUGGCAAACCUCUGGAUUCCGGGCUUCUGCAUAACAAUGACAGACUCUCAGAUGGAGACAAUAAAUACUCCCAAACCAGUCACAAACUAGUGCAGCUUCUGACAACAACAGCAGAGCAGCAGUUACGGCAUGCCGAUAUAGACACAAGUUGCAAAGAGGUACUGUCUUGCUCAGGCACUUCCAGCUCGGCCUCUGCUAACUCUUCGAGCGGCUCUUGCCCCUCCUCUCAUAGCUCACUGACAGAGCGGCACAAGAUUCUGCACAGGCUCUUACAGGAGGGCAGCCCCUCGGAUAUCACCACUUUAUCUGUCGAGCCUGAUAAAAAGGACAGUGCGUCUACUUCUGUGUCAGUGACUGGACAGGUACAAGGGAACUCGAGCGUAAAACUAGAACUGGAUGCUUCAAAGAAAAAAGAAUCAAAAGACCAUCAGCUCCUACGAUAUCUUUUAGAUAAAGAUGAGAAAGAUAUAAGAUCAACUCCAAACCUGAGCCUGGAUGAUGUGAAGGUGAAAGUGGAAAAGAAAGAACAGAUGGAUCCUUGUAACACAAACCCAACCCCAAUGACCAAACCUGCUCCUGAGGAAAUUAAACUGGAGUCCCAGAGCCAGUUUACAGCUGACCUUGACCAGUUUGAUCAGUUACUACCCACACUGGAGAAGGCAGCCCAGUUGCCAGGUCUGUGUGAGCCGGAGAGGAUGGAUGGUGCGGUCACCAAUGUAACGAUCAAAUCAGAGACCCUGCCAGCUUCGCUUCAGUCCACCACUGCCAGACCCACUUCCAGGCUGAAUAGAUUACCGGAGCUGGAAUUGGAAGCAAUUGAUAACCAGUUUGGACAGCCAGGAACAGGUGAUCAGAUUCCAUGGGCAAAUAAUACAGUGACUACCGUAAAUCAGAAUAAACCAGAAGACCAGUGUAUUAGUUCACAAUUAGAUGAGCUUCUCUGUCCACCAACAACAGUAGAAGGAAGAAAUGAUGAGAAGGCUCUUCUUGAACAGCUGGUGUCCUUCCUCAGUGGCAAAGAUGAAACGGAGCUAGCUGAACUAGAUAGAGCUCUGGGGAUUGACAAACUUGUCCAGGGAGGUGGAUUAGAUGUGUUAUCGGAGAGAUUUCCACCACAACAAGCAACAUCACCUUUGAUGAUGGACGAAAGACCCAACCUUUAUUCCCAGCCUUAUUCUUCUCCUUCACCUACUGCCAAUCUCUCCAGCCCUUUCCAAGGCAUGGUCAGGCAAAAACCUUCACUGGGGACUAUGCCUGUUCAAGUAACACCUCCCCGAGGCGCUUUUUCACCCAGCAUGGGCAUGCAGCCCAGACAGACUCUGAACAGACCUCCCGCUGCCCCCAACCAGCUGCGGCUUCAGCUUCAGCAGCGCUUGCAGGGACAGCAGCAGUUGAUACACCAAAAUCGGCAAGCUAUCUUAAACCAGUUUGCAGCAAACACUCCCGUUGGCAUCAAUAUGAGAUCAGGCAUGCAGCAGCAGAUUACACCUCAGCCACCCCUGAACGCCCAAAUGUUGGCACAGCGCCAGCGGGAGUUGUACAGCCAACAGCACCGACAGAGGCAGCUAAUACAGCAGCAAAGAGCCAUGCUCAUGAGGCAACAAAGCUUUGGGAACAACCUCCCUCCCUCAUCUGGACUGCCAGUUCAAAUGGGGAACCCCCGUCUUCCUCAGGGUGCUCCGCAGCAAUUUCCCUACCCACCAAACUAUGGUACAAAUCCAGGAACCCCACCUGCUUCUACCAGCCCGUUUUCACAACUGGCAGCAAAUCCCGAGUCAACCUUGGCCAACCGCAACAGCAUGGUGAACAGAGGCAUGACAGGAAACAUGGGAGGGCAGUUUGGCACUGGAAUCAAUCCUCAGAUGCAGCAGAAUGUCUUCCAGUAUCCAGGAUCAGGAAUGGUUCCCCAAGGUGAGGCCAGCUUUGCUCCAUCUCUAAGCCCUGGGAGCUCCAUGGUGCCGAUGCCAAUCCCUCCUCCUCAGAGCUCUCUGCUCCAGCAGACUCCACCCACUUCUGGGUACCAGUCACCAGACAUGAAGGCCUGGCAGCAAGGAGCAAUGGGAAACAACAACGUGUUCAGUCAAGCUGUCCAGAGCCAGCCCACGCCUGCGCAGCCCGGAGUGUACAACAAUAUGAGCAUCACCGUGUCCAUGGCAGGUGGAAACACAAAUGUUCAGAACAUGAACCCGAUGAUGGGCCAGAUGCAGAUGAGCUCUUUGCAGAUGCCAGGAAUGAACACUGUGUGCCCUGAGCAGAUAAAUGAUCCAGCACUGAGACACACAGGCCUCUACUGCAACCAGCUCUCAUCCACUGACCUUCUCAAAACAGAAACAGAUGGAACCCAGCAGGUGCAACAGGUUCAGGUGUUUGCUGACGUCCAAUGUACAGUGAAUCUGGUAGGCGGGGACCCUUACCUGAACCAGCCUGGUCCACUGGGAACUCAAAAACCCACGGCAGGACCACAGACCCCCCAGGCCCAGCAGAAGAGCCUCCUUCAGCAGCUACUGACUGAAUAACCACUUUUAAAGGAAUGUGAAAUUUAAAUAAUAGACAUACAGAGAUAUACAAAUAUAUUAUAUAUUUUUCUGAGAUUUUUGAUAUCUCAAUCUGCAGCCAUUCUUCAGGUCGUAGCAUUUGGAGCAAAAAAAAACCCACAAAAAAACAAAAAAAAAAAAAAACAACAAAGGAAUUCACUUUUGUUGGAAGAUUGAGAGGUGUUUUUGUUUCUUUCUUUGUAAAGGCCUUGGAUAUUGAAAAAAAAAUAACAAGGCAGAACAGUUGGACAAUCUAUUUCUUGAGCCAAAUUUAAUUAUUCUUAUUUUUGUAAUCAGUCAUUGGCUUCUUAUCUGGAUGAAGGCUUUUGGAGGAGAACCAAAACGACGAGUUCCAAGGGGAAGAUGAAGCCCCGCCCCUGCUGGCUCAGUCCUGACCCUGACGAGGAAGAAGGGCCCAAGGGCCCGGUGGGGCUUUGCCUGUGCCCGUCCACCAAAGGCUGUCACGUGUGUCUGAAUCAACAGCCCUCCCCUUCCCGACCCCAGGCAGCUUGUGUGUACAAUCAGCUUCUUCUAGCAACUCUAUAUCUGUUGGCUUCAAGAGAAUAUUUUGCCUCCCAUAUGUACCCCUUCUCCUUUUUUUAAAGAUGGAUUUAAACCAAGAUGCCUCCAGGAAUGAGGACGAAAUGAGUAUAUUCACAGAGGAAUCCAAAAAAUACAGUUUGGGGGAAAAUGCAAUAAUUUUUGAUGAGAUGGGUGAAGGACAAGAAACAAGUUCUGUCAAUUAUUGUAGAUAACAAUUUUCUGAUUAAAUCUGGAAAAAAAAGGCAGCCUGUUCUUUCUGCUUUUAUUGUAUUAACAGCUAAGGUAGCUAAAGUUAUUUAAAAUAAAGUUAAAUUUAUGA